CCCAGUCCCCUGGCCCCACAUGCCCCUUUUGGCUGGCUCGAAUGGGGCUCAGGACGCACUUGAAGCCACGUUGUGGCCGCUCUCAUCCUGCCAAUGCUACAGCCCAGCUGCCCUGUAGGAAACCCUCUCAACUGGUGUAGCCCCAGGCCAAGGAUGAUCCUGCCAGGAUGAAAACCUGGCUGUGCCUAGCCCGACCUCGCGCCCUCUUUGUCCCCGCAUUCCCUCUAGCUCGCGCCCAGCGUUCUUCAGGCGUUACACCGGUAGACACAAGGGACGCGGACGCCGAUGCGGAUGCGGAUGAGGACUUGGACGGUGCGGUCGCAGAGCACACCUAGCGGGAUCAGCAGAAUUACUCAAGUCAAACGCUUGGAGGAUGUCUCGGCGCAGUGAGCGCCUGCGCCUCCGAUACCAGGCACUUGUUGAUGGGCAAAGCAGCAGCAGCAGCAGCAGCAGCAGCAGCAGAGGGAGUUCCCAGGUGGCUGGCCAGCACACCAACUUCACGGAGGGUCCUCUCAGGACUGUGAGGAGGAAGUCGAGUAUGGUCCGAAGCCUCUCACCAGGCCUCUCACCAGCCCCUCACCUGCUUACAGGGGUAACAGGCUGGGAGAGCCCCGGAUCCACCUCAGGGUACUUCUCUGAGGAUGAUGGUGCAGCAUUCCAGUGGCGCCUGAAAACCACCUGGCACUGCGUGACCACUGCUGCCUCCCUCCAGGACUUCUUUCUCUCAAUCAGGAAGUUUUGCACUCGCAAGAAGGGGCUCGUCUUUGUCUUGGGCUUGCUGUUGCUUAUGGCUUCGCUGGCUUAUGGUGCUUGGUAUUUCUACCCCUAUGGACUACAGACCUUACCCCCUGCUGUGCUCUCCUGGUGGGCAGCCAAGGGCAGCGGCAGGACAGAGGACCGUUGGGAAUCAGGACAGUCCCCCUCAUAUUUCCAGGAGCUGGAAAGCGGGGUGGUGCACAAGACAUCUGAGUGGCACAGUUCUUCCCAAGAAGGCUUUGUGGAAACAAGGCCAAAGCGGAUGGGUUCCCUAGAGGCCCAGCUGGUUGGCCUGAGGCAGGAGCUAGUGGCCUUGAGCCAGAGCCAGGCUGAGGUGGAGAAAGAAUCACACCUUGGGCCAGAGAAGAUGGUGGCCCUGCGCAAUGAGGUGGAGUCUAAGGUCCCUGGCUGGAUUCAGCAGGUCCUUCAUUUGAAGCUAGGGGACGUGCAGGCCCAGCUUCGUGACCUAGAGCACCGACUCCUGAGGUAUAUGACAGAGGAGCAGGAUAAGUGUGCGGGCAAAGUUGCUGCCAUCUUGAGGCUGAGCCUUGUGAAGGAAGGAGUGACCAGCGGGGUGACAAAGGAGAAAGUACACCAGAUCGUAGAGCAGGCACUGAAAAAGUACAGUGCAGAUCGCAUCGGGCUGGUGGAUUAUGCCCUGGAAUCUUCAGGGGCCAGCAUCGUCAGCCGCCGCUCGUCACCGACGUAUGGCAUGAGGACGGAGUGGUCUGGCCAUUUCACUCUCUUUGGCAUCCCCUUGUGGCGCUAUUUCCAGUCCCCAAGACUCAUCCUCCAGCCAGACGUCUACCCUGGCAACUGCUGGGCAUUCAGGGGCCACCAGGGCUUCGUCGUGGUGCGCUUGUCUGCCCGCAUCCAGCUCACUGCCAUCACCUUGGAGCACGUGCCAAAAGCUCUGUCCCCAACCGCUGACAUCCCCAGUGCCCCAAAGGACUUUGUCAUCUUGGGGCUAAAUGAAGAUUCUCAGGCAGACGGGGUGGCCCUCGGGCAGUUCACCUACGAUAACGCUGGCGAGGCCAUUCAGACCUUCCACUUGGAGGGCAACGACACAGCCCCAUACCAGCUGGUAGAGCUGCGAAUCCUCAGCAACUGGGGUCACCCUGACUAUACGUGCAUUUACCGCUUCAGGGUCCAUGGGAAGCCUGCCACUUAGCCCCGCCCCAGCCUGCUGCCUUCACCCCUUCCUCCUUCAGCCGCCACAAAGCAGCUCUCUCACCUCCUCCUCCCUGCCCCCGCUUAAUCUCUUCUGCCCACUGUGCCUUCUGGGACAGAGACAAAACCUCCGUGGAGCCCUCUUGCCCCACCAGGCCCACUCAGAGAUGGAGAAGACAACCGGCUGAGCCUUUGCUUCUCACAAGGCCAACAACCGGCAUUUGGGGGAAGUUUUCACCCAAGAUCACCUGCAGUGGCAUUUAGAAACAGCUCGUCACCAUGGCUUGUAGCCAUAGCUAGUUGGCCCCUUGUACCCACUGGGGUUUCAUUUGCACUGCAGUGGAAGUUAGUACUGUUAGAUAGAACAUUAGUCGUGGGUUAGAUAAAGCUGACAAAGAAGGGGGCUCAGAGUGCAGCCAGGGGCCAUGGGGAGAGCGCCUUCCCUUCUCCUACUGCUGCCAGGUUUCUCCUGCCUUCCUCGGCGGCCCAGAGACUCUACAUUUCCACUUUAGCCAUGCCUUCUUCCACCUCCUGACCUGAAGCUCAGUCGCUGUGGUCUCUCCUUUGGGACCAUCAGCUCCAGCUGAUAUGGCUAUGGUGGGGAGGAGACUGG